UGGUCCCCGCAGAUGAUCUGGAACCCGUCCAGCGCAGAGAGCGUCGAUACCGAGCUGCGCCUGCACCGCUCCGCCGCACUGAGGGGUUAACCUGUCCCGUCCUGGAGCUCCUGUGACGGCUGUCUGUCUGUCCGGUGGCCUGUUGAGAGGAGAGGAGACUUGCAGCAUGCUUUCCUCAGGGGAUGCGGUUUCAUGCGAGCUUCUGAACGUUAACCACAGCGAAGGUGGGGGCCCGUAGGCUGACCCGGAGACAUGUCGGACAAGAUGUCCAGCUUCCUCCACAUCGGGGACAUCUGCUCCCUGUACGCAGAAGGCUCCACCAACGGCUUCAUCAGCACCCUGGGCCUGGUGGACGACCGCUGUGUGGUGCAGCCUGAUGCCGGAGACCUCAACAGUCCUCCCAAGAAGUUCAGAGACUGUCUGUUCCGGCUCUGUCCUAUGAACCGCUACUCGGCCCAGAAGCAGUUCUGGAAAGCAGCGAAGCCCGGAGGGAAUACGGACACCGUGCUGCUCAACAAACUCCACCAUGCAGCAGACCUGGAGAAGAAGCAGAACGACUCGGAGAACAAGAAGCUGCUGGGCUCCGUCAUCCAGUACGGGAACGUCAUCCAGCUGCUCCACCUCAAGUCCAACAAGUACCUGACGGUGAACAAGCGUCUGCCAGCGCUGCUGGAGAAGAACGCCAUGAGGGUGAUGCUGGACACGGCCGGCAACGAGGGCUCCUGGUUCUACAUCCAGCCCUUCUACAAGCUGCGCUCCAUCGGAGACACCGUGGUGAUCGGGGACAAGGUGGUGCUGAACCCGGUCAACGCCGGCCAGCCGCUGCACGCCAGCACGCACCAGCUGGUGGACAACCCGGGAUGCAACGAGGUGAACUCCGUCAACUGCAACACCAGCUGGAAGAUCGUCCUGUUCAUGAAGUGGGGCGACAACCAGGAGGUGGUACUGAAAGGGGGCGACGUGGUGCGGCUGUUCCACGCCGAGCAGGAGAAGUUCCUGACGUGCGACGACCACCGGAAGAAGCAGUACGUGUUCCUGCGGACCACCGGCAGGCAGUCGGCCACCUCGGCCACCAGCAGCAAGGCAUUGUGGGAGGUGGAGGUGGUCCAACACGACCCAUGCCGCGGCGGCGCCGGCUACUGGAACAGUUUGUUCCGGUUCAAACACCUGGCGACCGGACACUACCUGGCAGCAGAGGUGAACCCGGAUUACGAAGAGGAAUGCCUCGAGUCACGCCAAGCUCUGGACUCUGAGCAGGACGCUCUGCGGGCGCGUCUGAGGAACAUCCAGGACAAGGUCAUGUACACGCUGGUGUCGGUGCCAGACGGGAACGACAUCUCGUCCAUCUUCGAGCUGGACCCCACCACCCUGAGGGGGGGGGACUCCCUGGUGCCCAGGAACUCGUACGUGCGGCUCAGACACCUGUGCACCAACACCUGGGUCCACAGCACCAACCAGCCCAUCGACAAGGACGAGGAGAAGCCUGUCAUGCUGCACAUCGGCACCUCGACCCUGAAGGAGGACAAGGAGGCCUUCGCCAUUGUCCCCGUGUCCCCAGCAGAGGUCCGCGACCUGGACUUCGCCAACGAUGCAAGUAAAGUUCUGGCUUCCAUCGCCGGCAAGCUGGAGAAAGGAACCAUCACGCAGAACGAGCGGAGAGCCGUGACCAAGCUCCUGGAGGACCUGGUGUUCUUUGUGGUGGACAUCCCCAACAACGGACAGGACGUCCUGGAGAUCAUGGUCAACAAGCCCAACCGAGAGCGACAGAAGCUCAUGAGGGAGCAGAACAUCCUGAAGCAGAUCUUCAAGCUCCUUCAGGCCCCGUUCACGGACAGCGGCGACGGGCCCAUGCUGCGGCUGGAGGAGCUGGCCGACCAGCGCCACGCACCCUUCCGCCACAUCUGCCGCCUGUGCUACCGCGUGCUGCGCCACUCGCAGCAGGACUACCGCAAGAACCAGGAGUACAUCGCCAAGCAGUUCCGCUUCAUGCAGAAGCAGAUCGGCUACGACGUGCUGGCCGAGGACACCAUCACCGCCCUGCUGCACAACAACCGCAAGCUGCUGGAGAAACACAUCACUGCCGCUGAGAUAGACACCUUCGUCAGCCUGGUCCGCAAGAACCGCGAGCCCAGGUUCCUGGACUACCUCUCGGACCUGUGCGUCUCCAUGAACAAGUCCAUCCCAGUGACCCAGGAGCUGAUCUGCAACGCAGUGCUGGACCCGACCAACGGGGACAUCCUCAUAGAGACCAAACUGGUGCUGUCCCGGUUCGAGAUCGAGGGGGCGUCGAUCGGGGAGAGCUCGGUGGAGUCGGAGGAGGACGAGGAGGAGGUGUGGCUCUUCUGGAAGGACCGCAACAAGGAGGUGCGCAGCAAGAGCAUCCGGGAGCUGGCCCAGGACGCCAAGGAGGACCAGAAGGAGGACCAGGAGGUGAUCAGCUACUACAGGUACCAGCUGAACCUGUUUGCCCGCAUGUGUCUGGACCGCCAGUACCUGGCCAUCAACAAGAUCUCAGGCCAGCUGGACGUGGACCUGAUCCUGCGCUGCAUGUCCGACGAGGACCUGCCCUACGACCUGCGCGCCUCCUUCUGCCGCAUGAUGCUGCACAUGCACGUGGACCGGGACCCCCAGGAGCAGGUCACGCCCGUCAAGUACGCCCGGCUCUGGUCCGAGAUCCCCUCGCAGAUCGCCAUCGACGACUAUGACAACGACGGCACGUCAAAGGACGAGAUCAAGGAGCGCUUCUGCCAGACGAUGGAGUUCGUGGAGAACUACCUGAGGGACGUGGUCAGCCAGAGCUUCCCCUUCGCCGACAAGGAGAAGAACAAGCUGACCUUCGAGGUGGUGAACCUGGCGAGGAACCUGAUCUACUUUGGGUUCUACAACUUCAGCGACCUGCUAAGGCUGACCAAGAUCCUGCUGGCCAUCCUGGACUGCGUCCACACCAACACCUCCUUCCCCUUCAACAAGACGGACAAGGGUGACGAGGCCAAAGGCAGCAACGUGAUGCGCUCCAUCCACGGCGUGGGGGAGCUCAUGACGCAGGUAGUGCUGAGGGGCGGCGGCUUCAUCCCCAGCACGCCAGCCUCCGCCCCCGACGGAGAGACGGCCAAGUCGCAGGUGGAGCCGGAGAAGCAGGACAUCCUGGUGAUGGACACCAAGCUGAAGAUCAUCGAGAUCCUGCAGUUCAUCCUCAACGUGCGUCUGGACUACAGGAUCUCCUGCCUGCUCUCCAUCUUCAAGCGGGAGUUUGACGAGAGCAACUCCCAGAAUGAGCUGUCGGUUGCCGGGGUAACGGCCGAAGGACCCAGCAACAUGCCAGGAGCGCUGGACUUCGAGCAGAUAGAGGAGCAGGCUGAAGGGAUCUUCGGAGGAAGUGAGGAGAACACCCCCCUAGACCUGGACGACCAGGGGGGCCGCACCUUCCUGCGGGUGCUGCUCCACCUCACUAUGCACGACUACCCUCCGCUUGUGUCCCGCGCGCUCCACCUGCUCUUCAGGCACUUCAGCCAGCGGCAGGAGGUGCUGCAGGCCUUCAAGCAGGUCCAGCUGCUGGUGACCAGCCAGGACGUGGAGAACUACAAGCAGAUCAAGUCUGACCUGGACCAGCUGCGCUCCAUCGUGGAGAAGUCAGAGCUGUGGGUGUACAAGCGUCAGGGUCCGGACGAGGGUCUGGACGGGGGGGAGCUGCUGGCGAGCGAGUCCGACCACAAGAAGGGGGAAUCGGGCGCCUCAGACAAACCAAAGAAACCAGAGACCACCAGCAGCUACAACUACAGGGUGGUGAAAGAGAUCCUGCUGCGUCUCAGCCGGCUCUGUGUUCAGGAGGGCCUGUCGGGCAGGAAGAGCAAGAAGCAGCAGCAGAGGCUGCUGAGGAACAUGGGGGCCCACGCCGUGGUGCUGGAGCUGCUGCAGAUCCCUUAUGAGAAGGGGGAGGACGUCCGUAUGCAGGACAUCAUGAGGCUCGCCCACCAGUUCCUGCAGAACUUCUGUGCGGGGAACCAGCAGAACCAAGCCCUGCUGCACAAGCACAUCAACCUGUUCCUCAACCCAGGGAUCCUGGAGGCCAUCACCAUGCAGCACAUCUUCAUGAACAACUUCCAGCUGUGCAGCGAGAUCAACGAGCGCGUGGUGCAGCACUUCGUCCACUGCAUCGAGACGCACGGCCGCAACGUGCAGUACCUCAAGUUCCUGCAGACCAUCGUCAAGGCGGAGAACAAGUUCAUCAAGAAGUGCCAGGACAUCGUCAUGGCCGAGCUGGUGAACGCCGGCGAGGACGUACUGGUGUUCUACAACGACCGCGCCUCCUUCCAGACGCUGGUGCAGAUGAUGCGCUCGGAGCGGGACCGCAUGGACCAGAACAGCGCGCUGAUGUACCACAUCCACCUGGUGGAGCUGCUGGCCGUCUGCACCGAGGGCAAGAACGUCUACACCGAGAUCAAGUGCAACUCCCUGCUGCCGCUGGACGACAUCGUACGCGUGGUCACGCACGAGGACUGCAUCCCCGAGGUGAAGAUCGCCUACAUCAACUUCCUGAACCACUGCUACGUGGACACGGAGGUGGAGAUGAAGGAGAUCUACACCUCCAACCACAUGUGGAAGCUCUUCGAGAACUUCCUGGUGGAUAUCUGCAGGGUGUGCAACAACACCAGCGACCGGAAGCACGCCGACACGGUGCUGGAGCGCUACGUCACUGAGACGGUCAUGAGCAUCGUCACCACCUUCUUCAGCUCCCCCUUCUCUGACCAGAGCACCAGUCUGCAGACCCGGCAGCCGGUCUUCGUCCAGCUGCUGCAGGCGGUGUUCCGGGUCUACCACUGCCCCUGGCUCAGCCCGGUGCAGAAGGGCGCGGUGGAGGCCUGCAUCAAGGUGCUCUCCGACGUCGCCAAGGGCCGGGCCAUCGCCAUCCCCGUGGACCUGGACAACCAGGUGAACAACCUGUUUGUGAAGUCCAACAACAUCGUGCAGAAGACGGCCAUGAGCUGGAGGCUGUCGGCCCGCAACGCCGCGAGGAGGGACUCGGUAGUGACCGCCUCGCGCGACUACCGGAACAUCAUCGAGAGGCUGCAGGACAUCGUGUCUGCUCUGGAGGACAGGCUCCGCCCCCUGGUGCAGGCGGAGCUCUCGGUCCUCGUGGACGUCCUCCACCGCCCCGAGCUGCUCUUCCCCGAGAACACAGACUCACGCAGGAAGUGCGAGAGUGGGGGCUUCAUCUGCAAGCUGAUCAAGCACACCAAGCAGCUGCUGGAGGAGAACGAGGAGCGGCUCUGCAUCAAGGUCCUCCAGACGCUGAGGGAGAUGAUGACCAAAGACCGCGGCUACGGAGAGAAGCUCAGGGCCUUUGAUGAUGAGAUGGAUGUGCCCAAGGAGCUGGAUCAGAACCAGCCUGAGAAGAUUGUGGAGGACCAGAAGAGGGGCGAGGCGCUGAGGCAGAUCCUGGUGAACCGUUACUAUGGCAACUUCCACCGCAGCGGGGGCCGCCGAGACAGCCUGACGGUGUACAGCCCAGGGGCCCUCAGCCCCACGGGGGCCGGCAAGAGCCAAUCAGGCCUGGGGGGCCCCGGGACCCUGAGCCGGGGGGAGAUGGGUCUGGCCGAGGUGCAGUGCCACCUGGACAAGGAGGGCGCCUCGGACCUGGUCAUCGACCUCAUCAUGAACGCCACCAGCGACCGCGUCUUCCAGGAGAGCAUCCUAUUGGCCAUCGCUCUGCUGGAGGGGGGCAACACCACCAUCCAGGAUUCCUUCUUCCGGCGACUGACGGCAGACAAGAAGUCUGAGAAGUUCUUCCGGGUCUUCUACGAUCGCAUGAAGCUGGCCCAGCUGGAGAUCAAAGCCACGGUGACGGUCAACACCAGCGACCUGGGCAACCGCAAGAGGGACGACGAGACGCCCGACAAGGACGUCCCCGUGCGCAAGAAAGCCAAAGACUCUCCGGUGGUGGUGACAGAGGACGCCCGCGACCAGCUGCUGGAGGCCUCCUCCGCCACCAAGAAGGCCUUCAACUCGUACCGCCGCGACGCUGACGCGGAGGAGCACUUCUCCCUGGCCGACGGCCAGCCCAGCGCCGGCGACAAGAACCAGGACGAGGGCGAGAUGAGCUUCAUCAUCGUCAUCAUGCAGCCCAUCCUGCGCUUCCUGCAGCUGCUCUGUGAGAACCACAACCGGGACCUCCAGAACUUUCUGAGGUGCCAGAAGAACAAGAACAACUACAACCUGGUGUGCGAGACGCUGCAGUUCCUGGACUGCAUCUGCGGCAGCACCACGGGGGGUCUGGGCCUGCUGGGGCUGUACAUCAACGAGAAGAACGUGGCCCUCAUCAACCAGACGCUGGAGAGCCUCACCGAGUACUGCCAGGGACCCUGCCACGAGAACCAGAACUGCAUUGCCACCCACGAGUCCAACGGCAUCGACAUCAUCAUCGCCCUCAUCCUGAACGACAUCAACCCCCUGGGCAAGAAGAGGAUGGACCUGGUGUUGGAGCUGAAGAACAACGCCUCCAAGCUGCUGCUGGCCAUCAUGGAGAGUCGCCAUGACAGCGAGAACGCGGAGAGGAUCCUGUACAACAUGAGGCCCAAGGAGCUGGUGGAGGUCAUAAAGAAAGCCUACCUGCAAGGGGAGGUGGAGUUCGAAGGCUCGGACGAGGAGGAAGAGGAGGGUGAAGAGGAGGACCACGACGCUGCCUCACCCAGAAACGUUGGACACAACAUCUACAUCCUGGCCCACCAGCUGGCACGCCAUAAAAAGGAGCUGUCAAUCAUGUUGAAGCCGGGAGGUUCGAGUGGGGAAGGAGACGAGGCCCUGGAGUUCUACGCCAAACACACCGCCCAGAUAGAGAUCGUGCGCCAGGACCGCACCAUGGAGGAGAUCGUGUUCCCCGUCCCCAGCAUCUGCGAGUUCCUGACCUCGGAGUCCAAGCUGCGCAUCUACUUCACCACAGAGCGUGACGAGCAGGGCAGCAAGAUCAACGACUUCUUCCUGUGUGCCGAGGACCUCUUUAACGAGAUGAACUGGCAGAAGAAGCUCCAGGCUCAGCCUGUGCUGUACUGGUGCUCCAGGAACAUGUCUCUGUGGAGUAACAUCUCCUUCAACCUGGCCGUCCUCAUGAACCUCCUGGUCUGCUUCUUCUACCCCCUGGAAGGCGUCCACGGAGAGAUGCUGGACCCUCACCUGUCCGCCCUGCUGUGGAUGGGCGUGCUGGCCACCCUGAUCCUCGUCAUCAUCAUGCCCCAGCCGCUGGGGGUCCGCGCCCUGGUCAUCGUCUCCAUCCUGCGCCUCAUCUUCUCCGUGGGCCUGGAGCCCACCCUCUACUCCCUGGGGGGUGUCAACGUGUGUAAUAAGAUCAUCUUCCUGAUGAGCUUUGUGGGGAACAGAGGGACUUUCACGCGGGGCUACAAGGCCAUGGUCCUGGACUUUGAGUUCCUCUACCACCUGCUCUACCUCAUCAUCUGCAGCCUGGGGGUGUUCGUGCACGUCUUCUUCUACAGCCUCCUGCUGUUCGACCUAGUGUACCGCGAGGAGACGCUGCUGAACGUGAUCAAGAGUGUGACGCGCAACGGGCGCUCCAUCGUGCUGACGGCGGUGCUGGCUCUCAUCCUGGUGUACCUGUUCUCCAUCGUGGGCUACAUCUUCUUCAAGGACGACUUCAUCCUGGAGGUGGACCGCCUGCCCAACGCUACGCUCAAGGGGUCUCCCAGCCUGGCCAACGAGCUGCUCUCGGAGGGGGUGUGCCGCACGGGGAAGGAGGAGAACUGCUCCAUGGAGGCGGUGCAGCGAGAGCUGGAGCGGGUCACCCUCGAAGAGAGCGGCAAGGAGCGCGCCUGCGACUCUCUGCUCAUGUGCAUCGUGACGGUGCUGAGUCACGGCCUCCGCAGCGGUGGGGGGGUGGGGGACGUCCUCCGCAAGCCCUCCAAAGAGGAGCCUCUGUUCGCCGCCCGGGUGAUCUACGACUUGCUCUUCUUCUUCAUGGUCAUCAUCAUCGUCCUCAACCUCAUCUUCGGAGUCAUCAUCGACACGUUCGCCGACCUGAGGAGUGAGAAGCAGAAGAAGGAGGAGGUGCUGAAGACCACCUGCUUCAUCUGCGGUCUGGAGAGAGACAAGUUCGACAACAAGACGGUGACCUUCGAGGAGCACAUCAAGGAGGAGCACAACAUGUGGCACUACCUGUUCUUCGUGGUGCUGGUGAAGGUGAAGGAUUCCACCGAGUACACCGGCCCCGAGAGCUACGUGGCCCAGAUGAUCAAGGAACACAACCUCGACUGGUUUCCACGGAUGCGGGCGAUGUCCUUGGUGAGCAGCGACGCGGAGGGGGAGCAGAACGAGAUCAGGAACCUGCAGGAGAAGCUGGAGACGGCCAUGAGGCUGGUGUCCAACCUGUCGGGACAGCUCACCGAACUCAAGGAGCAGAUGACGGAGCAGAGGAAGCAGAAGCAGCGCAUCGGUCUACUGGGUCACCCCCCACACAUGAACAUCAACCCCCAGCAGCCCGCCUGAGGGGCCCCAGGAGGCCCUCCGAGGGCCCCCCCUCACGCAGCUCCCCCCCCCCCCCCCGCGGCCCUGAGCACUGGGGCCUGGUCUUCGGCGAGGUGGAACGGGGCCCAGUGUGGAGGAUGUACAGUCGGCCCGUCUCCAGAGUGUAUUUAUGCCUGUUCCUGAACGUUUGUCGUGUUAAUGGACAUUUAUUUUGGCCAAAGGCGCGAUUGAGAAUACCUAACUGGUGUGCUGGGGAUGGGAGUGUUUCCGGUGUUUUCUUUUUUGUGCUCCAAGUGCCUUGUGAGAUUAAUGAUAUGAAAGUGAUGGUUUUCUCUUAACUUAACAAAUGUAAAGCCUUACCUUAUCUGAGUCAUCGCUCUGAAAGUGUGCCAAAGUUCAGCCCCAGUGCCCUUGGGCUGUGGCCCAGUGCGGGGGUGCGAUGCCUCAUGUUCUCAGGUCUGGGAUGUGGGUUCAAAUGCUUAUUUGAAACACUACUAAGGCAAACACCAUUGAAUCUCUUCGGUUGACCCACUGACUUUCAGAUAUGCAACGUCUGAAAGAGACAGGUUUAUUUUAGGAAUCUAAUAUUUAUACAAAAAAUAAAGUUUCCACAUCAUUUUCCAAAGAAAUUUUGCUUUCACUUUAGAAGUAAUAAAAAUAUUCUAGAAAUAGCUAUAUUUUCAACAUUUCCAGACGCUUUGAUGUAAUGCCUAGCGUGGUACUUUUUAUCACUUUGGCGGCGUGUAUUGUAACUGCUGGGAUUGGCUGAGGAGGAUUUGGACCACGGAGGACGCUGUCUUCAGUGGGGUGACUGGGGAGGAGAACGCGAGGAUUCACGCCGUCAUCCAACACCUAUCGACUCCAUCACAGGAGAGAACGUAUCGUUACAAGUUAAGGGGAUUGGGAAUAGCAGGUUGGCGUUUAGGAAUGUUUGCUAGUGGUGAGGAAUGACAUGGGAAGCAGGUAAUAAAGGGUACAAGGGGACGUUUAUGGAAAUGGAUUGGAAAAAAUGGUAUUCUGGUCUUGAUAAACUGGCACUUAACUGUUAAUCCAACUCUGCUCUAUCUAGUUCACAAAUAUAGAUUUUGUUCUGUUGCACACCAAUUAAUGUUAUUCUCUGUCCAAUUGUCACUUUUUUGUAUGAGGUCUUUGUUUAUAAAAACCUGGUUUGAAAACAACACAAUGUUAAAUGAAGUUAUUUGGAUUGCAGCAUGACCAAACUGACCUUUUUCUACUAACCGGUUUGUGUCUGAGAUGUACAUUCCCCUCAUUGGAGUUGAUUUAAUAAAGUGUGUGCUGAAUCGAA